GACAGUUUAUAUGUCAGAUUUGAGCUUGCUUGAUUUUGCAUUUUUAGAAAAUUGCUUGUCAUUCGUCGUGAAUUGGUUAGAUUAUUAGUUUUUGUUUUUCUAACUGUAACAAUAUGUUGAACGUAAGUGGAAACUUUCCCGAAUAUGCCGUACCCGGCGCCAAACAAGUCCGCUUCGAGCCCUACGCAGACAACGGAGGAAGCGUCGUCGCCAUCGCCGGCGACGACUAUGCCGUGAUCGGGGCAGACACUCGUCUCAGCACGGGGUUCUCCAUUUACACAAGGGAACAGAAGAAACUGUUCAAGCUGUCGGAGCGGACGGUGCUGGGCGCCACGGGCUGCUGGUGCGACACGCUGACGCUGACGCGGCUGCUGCAGGCGCGCAUGCAGAUGUACGAGCACGACCACAACAAGUCCAUGUCCACGCCGGCGGUAGCGCAGAUGCUGUCCACGAUGCUGUAUUACAAGCGCUUCUUCCCGUACUACGUGUCCAACGUGCUGGCCGGGCUGGACGCCGACGGGCGCGGCUGCGUGUACAGCUACGACCCCAUCGGCCACUGCGAGCGCUCCAACUACCGCGCGGGCGGCUCGGCCGGCGCGCAGCUGCAGCCGCUGCUCGACAACCAGAUCGGCCUCAAGAACAUGCAGAACGUCACCGAGGCGCCUCUCCCCCGAGAGAAGGCCCUGGCUCUGCUCAAAGAUGUGUUCAUCAGUGCGGCAGAGAGAGACAUCUACACAGGAGACUGCAUUUACAUCCUAAUCAUCACGGCCAAUGGUAUUCAAGAGGAGAAGUUUGAGUUGCGUAAAGAUUAAUUCUGUGAUUAAUAAAUAUACCUACUUUUUAAAAAUG